AUGGCGACCGAGGGGCGUUUUCAGAGAGGCAAACCGUCACACACCGUGAUGCCUCCAGCGGCUGCUUCAUUCGCUCCAGAGAACUGCUCAGUCUCGCAACUUGCAUAUCUCACUCCCCAGUUUUUACUUGAAGCCUUUCCGCCCAUCAACGCCUGCCCGGCGCCUCUCUCUUGUGCGGCUCUUCUCUCGUCUUCUUCCGGUUCUGCCUCAUCUGCCUCGUCUGCAGCGUCUGCCGCGUCUACGUAUUAUUCGUUUCCUUCUUCGGCGGCUGUGCCGGUCACACAAGACUCGAAAGGGGACGCACAAGUGUUCGCCAGCGCGCUCGUCGCCGCAACGCAUGCGCGCGUCUGCGAAGAAGGCAAAGAGCGGCAGAUUUCCCGGUUCGUCGCGACGGCCUGUCGCGUCCUACGCCUUGGCCGCGGCAGCGACCACCCGUCUACGUGCAGAGCGUCGGUUUCUCGGGCCCCUUCUUCUCUCCCUCUUUCGUGUCCUUUGCCUCGCCCAUCGCCCCAGCGAUGCACCGUAGAACCUGGAGACGCCUCAGCUGACCUGUUUUCGGCUGGCUUGUGUCUGUCGUCUUCCCUCUCUCUCAAAGAUGGCGAGCCGACACCAGCGGCGCAUUCAGAUGGGACGCGGAGCGGCGCCGCUCGACGUCUCGCAUCUCCGCUUUUCUCUCUGGAUUCCGGCCCCAAUACUGCGCUAGAGACUGGAGGCGACGGAGACGCUGCAUCAGCCCUUCGCACAGCCUUGCGGGAGGUGCUUCAGGCUUCCGGGGCAGAGCUCCUGCUCUGUGUUGCUUACGAGGAUCGUUCCUCUUCUGCGUUGUCUCCGCCCGACGCGCCUCUCCUCGCCGAGCGAAGCGCCGCGGCCUGCGUCGCCCACGAGGCCCCGCGGCGGGCGGCGGCCCCUCGAGGCGCAGAGCGGCGCGGAGUUCCUGCACGCAGCGGCGUCAGCAGCGCGACACCAGCCCCGUCUUCAUCGGCAGCCUCUGCAGGAAGAGGGAGAAAGCGGUCGAACGACCUCGCUGGCUCAUAUAUCCCCCGCAUCACGGCUUCAGGAAGUGGAGACCCGGGGGCCGGCGCGAAGAAGGCGGAGCCCCCUAGAGGGCUCGCCCAGAGUCGAGAGGAGGAGGGCACCGACGACGGGCGGAACGUGCUGAGGCUUCGAAGCGACAGAAGCAGAGGGCGUCGGCUAGACGCCGGUGCCCCGUGGGAUGCAGGGCAAGUAGUGCCCCGGUCGCAGAUUCCCAAGGCCCUGCCGGAGAGGACGCGCGCCGAUUCCGCGGCCUCUUCCCCCCCCUCGAGGCUCUCGCGACCAGGCGAGAAACUAGAACACCAAAAACAUCCAAUUUACUCGCUCUCGUCGGACACUCUGCGCAUCCCCGCCUUCGCCGCAGGCUUCAGAGCCGCUGCGCUUCAGGCUGUGCAGGCCUUCCUCGACCGCAGCUUGCCGCGCGAAGAAAGGAACUCUUCGAAGGGGGGGCUACAAGCACCUCCUCGCGAGGCGGCGCACCUGCCCGAAAGGCGUCGUCGUCCUCUUAUCUCUUCAACUGAGCGAAGAGAGGGAGGCGCCGAGGACAGGGGAGGAGAUGGUGGCGCUGCCUCAGCGCCGCGAUCUCCCACACGAGACAACACGGCUCGGAGGACAGAGCGUCAAAGAGACAGCGAAGAAACCGCAGAGGGAGAUGAAACGCGUGAGGCCUCAGGAGGAAACGACUCCUCAAUGUCGUGGCCAGAAGAAAAGGACCAACAGCUGAACGCAGUCAGAGCCCUGCUGGCGGCCGAUGUGGAUCAUGAAACAGCGCACACCGAGGAACAGAUAUCGGCGGCGCUGAGUCCCGAAGGCAACGGCGGCUCGCCGAUUGAACUUUGCGAAGUGAACGCAGACGAGAUGCCGCUUCUCCACAUUUGGAACCCUCAGCCCCGAAACCCCUGCGCGAUCGCCAGGCUCCGCCCCGACGCAAAAGGAGUCCCUGCAGACGCCAAGGGGCCCCUCGUGCUCGGGCACGUGGGCGGGAUUGUCGCCCCUGUGGGCCCGCAGGCCCUGGCGAAGGCCUUUUCCAUCCCCCUCCCCGAGAUCCCCCUUCCAGAGGCUCUGCCAGAACCUAGGAAUGGUGCAUCACGUCCGAUCUCCUCUCGCGAAAAAAGUCUUCAGAAGGCCGCGCGACGGCGGAAAACGCUUGAGCUCUGCUUGACUGGCGCGUGCUCUCCUUCGGUCUCGCUGCCUGCGGCUUCGGCGAAUGCGGCCGCCUGUCCUGCCUCGUCCUUGGCGCCCGCGUCUCCGCACCCCAAUGCCUCGUUGAGUUCCUCGUUUCUUGCUUCUGUGGCAUUUUCGCCCGCGGCGUGCGCCGUCGACGUCGCUGUGCCGCAGCUCUUGGGGGUGCCCGCCAGCCACGCGGUGCGGCCGAACUGCGCCUACCACGUGGUAUGGGUCAACGGCUGGCCGCAUGUGUUUCUGUGCUCGCUGCCGGGAGUCUCGAUCGUGCCAGGGUCGCCGUUGUUCGCCGACCGCUUUUCGUCGCUGUCGCCUCAGCAUCAGCGAAGAUAUCUCCGCGCCGCGCGCUUUGCGCUUCGUUCGCGAGUCGUCCACGUGCUGAGUCGCACAGCGCCUCUGACGCGCGUCGUGCCUCUCGGCGCGGCGUUUGCUCCGCAGGCCCUUCCGCCCUUUGCGUCUCCGGCCCGCCAAAGUACCCCCUUCUUCUCGGGAUCCGACGCAGUCUGGCACGCCCAGCACCAAGCGCGCGCUGGGCACAGCACCGCGCCGAGCUGCUCUUCGCCGGCAGCGUCGCCCGAUUUCCGCGCUUCGUCGGAGAUCGACUGUACGCCCGAAAGCGAUGACGCCAUGAUGCAGGGCUCCGCGGCGAUGCCCGCCAACGCGGACGGCGCGAGAAACGUUUUCAACGCCGUCGCGACUCAACCCGACUCCAGCAGCCCUGCCUCGACAGACGAGAAGGCAGCAGUCGCCCUCUUGGAGCUGCGCCAAGCGCACGCGCAGCGCGGCGCCGCUCGCAGCGCGCGAUGCGAAGUCUGCAAGAGGGACUCGUGCCCGGCGUGUGCUGCGAGGGGCCCGCCGCCUGACCCGCCCGGGGCUGACCCGGGGGGCAAGCGACCCGUCACCGACUCGCCGCGGCCUCCGCUCCUGCGACGAGACCCGCUGGAGACCCGCCCGCGACAAGCCCGCGCCAAGAGGCAGAGACCCGCGAGGGGGGCAUGCGCGGAGCGGAGAAGAUCGACGACUGCAGUCUACGAAGACGCCCCGGAGGAGGACGCGCGGCGACACGCAGCGCAUGCAGACCGAGACACGAAUGGCGGCGGCGAGGACGGAGAGCCCGACGAACUGGAGCGCUGGAGAGAUGGAGAGAAUGAAGACUCUGAGCAGGGGCCGGCCGGGACGAAGACUCGACCCUGGGGGUCACGGAUUUCAGCCGAACGAGGACGAAGAAGAACUGGACCCCGCACCCGAGGCGACGUCUCUGCAGGCGAUCGCGAGGGGAGGGAAGCGGGUGAUGGCUGUGAGGCUCUCGCGGACCUUCCAGCGAACCGGCAGCAGCCUAUCUCAGCGCGGACGCGGCUCGCGGCAAAGACCUCGGCACCGUCCUCCCUGUCAUCUUCCGCGCCUUCCUCUCUCCAAGCGCCCUCCCCCACAGCCGCGGGUUCGGCUGGCGGGGCGGCUCCUCGUGAGACGCCGCAGUCGACUCGAGUCUGCUGCGCCCUCCUUACGUGCGAUCUCUGCGCAAGGAGUUUCCAUCUGCAAUGCCUUGGCUUGCCCGUCGACUUCGCUCCCGAUCCAGUUCGAGAGUGGCUCUGCUUCGUGUGCGUCCAGCGCGGCCAGCAGCUCGCUGCCACGCGCGGCGCCCUUCUGACCUUUCCUCGCACAUACGCGGAGCGCGACGGCGAAGAAGACGCGGCGACGGAGGAAGUAGACAGAUGGCGAACUGACCCGGACAGCGGCGGAUGGACUGUCGAAGUCAUGAGCUUGACAUUCGAGUCGCCUGAGGCUCUACACACACAGGCAAGCUGA